AUUUCAAGAUUGUCUGUUAUUUCUCAAACUGGGCACAGUACAGACCUGGAAUUGGUCGUUAUAUGCCUGAACAAGUUGAUCCUUUUCUGUGCACCCAUCUGAUUUACGCAUUUGCCGGCAUGGGUGAAAACCAUAAACUUACUACUUACGAGUGGAAUGAUGAAGUUCUUUACAAAUCAUUCAAUAAUCUCAAAACAAAGAAUCUCCAGUUGAAGACACUGCUGGCACUUGGAGGAUGGAAUUUUGGUUCUGUACGCUAUAAUAGCAUGGUGUCUACUUCUGUAAAUAGAGCAACAUUCAUCACUUCUGUGAUUACUUUUCUGAGGACGCACCAAUUUGAUGGUUUUGAUCUGGAUUGGGAGUAUCCAGGUUCUGAAGGAAACCCACCCCAAAACAAACAACGUUUCACAGCAUUGUUAAAGGAAAUGAAAACUGCUUUUGUAAGAGAAGCAAGAAGAACAGGAAAAUCUAGAUUGCUGCUUUCAGCUGCUGUGGCUGCUGGUAAAAGCAACAUCGAUGCUAGUUAUGAAGUGGAUAAAAUUGCUAAACUUCUGGACUUUAUAAGUGUGAUGACUUAUGAUUACAAUGGUGCCUGGAACUCUUUCACUGGACACAACAGCCCUUUGUUUCGUGGAAGUUCUGAUCAUGGUGACUCUGUGUAUUUUAAUACAGAAUUUUCUGUUAAAUAUUAUCAAAGCAAAGGUGCACCAGCAAGAAAACUGCUAGUUGGAAUCGCAGCCUAUGGACGAAGCUUUAAGCUUAGUUCUAAUGAUUCAAGUGUAGGUGCUCCAGCAUCUGGUCCUGGACCACCAGGUGCAUACACAAGAGAAGAAGGUAUCUUGGCAAAUUAUGAGAUAUGUGACUUUUUGAAAGGUGCAAGCAAAUAUUGGAUUGACGAUCAGAAGGUUCCAUAUGCAGUCAAGGAUGGCAUAUGGCUUGGCUAUGACGACAUAGACAGUAUUAAUAUCAAAGCUAAUUGGCUGAAGGAGAAAAGCUUUGGAGGAGCUUUAGUGUGGACACUUGAUUUUGAUGAUGCAACUGGCCAUUGCAACGAAGGUGCACAUCCUGUAUUGCACAGGGUGAUUGGUCAUCUUUCAUCUAUUUCAGGAUUGCCGUUAGGCACAACCAAAUUUUUUGUGGCAGCAAUGUCAAUAAUUAUGGGAACAUGCAUGCCAUUAGUGCUUUAACACUGAAGAUUGCAUUUACAUUGACCUAGGAGGCCUUACUAAAUGCUGCCUCUACUCAGAGAUGAUCUCCGAUGAGUGUUGUUCUGAACAUAUGGUCUUUGAUGAAGACUGUGGUUAAAAAUGUCAUUUGCAAUAGUAGAAUGAAAAAUAUAGUUGUUUGUAGUAAGAAAAAUCUGAUUUUUCUGUGGUAUCCAGAAAACCAAGAGUGAAAGUGUUAUAAGUGAUCCAAAGCAUAGCGAACAGAGAAAAUUCAUACAAUUUGUCACUAGAAGAUACUUCCCCCAAAAUGCCUGUGUUGGAGAUUUUAUUUAAAAUAUAUGUAUUAGUCUCAUUGGACUGUCAGUGAACAAAUUCUCAAAUAUACUGCUGCAGAGAUAAAUCAGCAAAAAUAAGAAACCCAAGUUAAAACAGUGGUAUGAAUCACAAAAUGUUAUCUUUAGAUCGUUUCCAUAUAAAGAAGCUGUCAUGAAUGUCAUUAAAAUUCUUGAACUCAUCUUUGUUAGGUUCUGAGGACUGAUGAAAUUAAGAGAAUGCAAAAACAAUUAUUUAAAUCUUACUGAAUACUAUCAAGCAAAUAGUUUGUUUAUUGGCUUUUGUCAUUUAACAUUUUGAGAAAUAGAAAUCUACAAACCACAGUAUUUAACCAAAGGGUAAUUUGAUCAGUAUUACUGUGAACCACAAUGUAAAUGUGUUUGAAAAGUGGCCUGAGAAUCUCCAUCUUACUUGGCUUUAUAUUAGCUGAAAUACUAUAAAUCGGCUAGCAUCUCAGAAAAUUCCUAUUAUGGUUGUCUAUACCAAAGAAUAUUUUUGAUAUAUGUGCUCUUAUCCAUCUCCAACAGCCAGUUGGCAAAAUGCUUAUGAAGCCAUGAAUUCCAAGCUGCGUCCUUAGGAAUGUUAACCUUGUAGCAGUCAUAAAGUCCAAACAACCUAAACCAAAGUUUGUACACAAAUAAAUAUCUGCAGGGUUUCAUAUGUGGCAAAGCCAGUUCAGUGUUUUAUUACAUGUAUUGAUGUCGCAUUGUAUACUGUUCUGUGAGAUAUUUAUGACAAGGCAACUAACCUCCAUUUUACAUACUUCCACUUUUUGUGGUCCAGUUGCGUUAGUUAAAAAAAAUAAAGAUUCUGUUCAAUUUCA